AUGUCCUCAGCUAAGGAACUUUACACUCUUGCUUCGGCAACUGUCAUCAAGAAGGCCAAGGUCAUCAACAACGACAAGAAGGCCACGACCACCACCAACGAAGUCUCUCAGGAGAUCAACACCAAGGACACCGACAUCAAGGACAAGGCAGAUGUGUCUCCGCAGGCUUCUCAGAAGGCACGAGCGAAGAAGCUUCGAGCCCUGAACAGCAAGCUCAAGAGGGCAAAGGCCGCGGAGGUUGCUGAGAAGGCCAAGGCCGGUACGCUUACUCGCCGACCCAUCGUUGACCAGGCGCCUCUCUCCACUACGGAGGAAGAGUCCUCCAUUGACUCGAAGAAUGCCUCGGACACUGAAGAGGCCCAGCUUUCUCCCGACAAGCCAGCUUCAGAUACGGACACCGCUGCAAAUAUGACUCCGGCUUCUGAGGACGAAUCUGUCUCUGAUUCUCAAGACAGCAAGCCUAAGCUGUCACGUCUUCAGAAGCUGCAGAAGAAGAAGAUGGCCGAAGGUGUCGUUAAGGCUGAUGUGAUUCGCAAGUCGAAGCCCAAGAAGCACAUCCCGCUUCCUCCGAAGAAGGAUCAUUCGAUGAAGGGCAUGCUUGGCGUCGACAUAUUCGCGUCACGGCCUCGUUCAUCUCAGAAGUCUCGUUCUUCCUCUCAGGGCUCCGCAGUCACUCCUCCCUCUCCAACUUCUUCGACCUACCAGAUCAUCACACCGACUAGUAGCACACAUGUUCCUUUUUCAGACACACCUCCUUUGCCAGACACAACUCUCGCUUUCUUCGAGGAGGAAGAGUCCUCAGAUGUUGCGAUUUCCGUCUCUGAUCACGACGAACACGAUGGAGACAUCGAGGAGAUUGUUGCCAGCGCACCUAUGAUUGUCUCUACCAAGGAGACUCCCAUCGGAGCCGACUCAAAGAGCGCCACUGCUUCUUUGCCUGUCGUUGAGCCUACUGAAGAUGAUGUUUCCGAGACCAAAGACAUUGUGGAAGACACUCACGCAACCCUUGGUGGCGAGCCGGUCAACGAGACUGUUGCUGAUCAAGAUCAAAGCAUCUUGAGCAAGCUUGUCGUCGCUCCUAUCGAGACAUUCAUCGAUUCGAUCACAAACACCGUCAACGACCUAGCUGCACCUACCUCUGAGACGAAACUCAACGACGGCGCCCCUGCGCCUUGUGAUGUAGUUCUUGAGACUACGACUAGCAUGGAGACUCCCGUGAGCGCUGAAAUCGCUACGCCUGAGGACGUCUCUAACUUCUCUGAGGAUAGCACCGAAGCUGACGUCAAGUCGACCGAGGCCAAUUCCUUGGCAAGCUUCCUCGCGCUACCAAAUGGUACGGGCGAGGACAUGUCUGCUCGCCAGCUGCGGGAGAAGCUGGUCGCUCUACAUGUCGCGCCCUUGAUUGAGCCGCAGCAAGAGAGGAACAAGCGGUCGCGUAAGGAGAAGAAGGUUUCGAAGCCGAACAACACUGCUGCAGUCCCACAGGUUGAUUUCACCGACCAGCCUAUUGCUCCGGCAGACCCUGUUGUCGAGAAGCAUAUCCUCAAGCAGCCGCAUUAUUCUCCCCUUGCCGUCGACGAUGGAUUCGUGGAUGAUGCUUUCGUGGCCGGCUUGCUGGCUCGUCCGAACGGCUGCGCUGGGGACACCACUAUUCGCCACCUGCACGAAGACAUGGUGGCCAUGCUUGCCGCUUCUCCAAUGAAGCCUUCGCAACAGUUGAUGAAGAAGGAGAAGCAGGUCGCUGCCACUACAUCUUUGGCUAACAAAUCUCUCUACAAGAAGGCUCUUACCCCAUACGAGGAGUUUAUAUCCACUCCUAAGUGGAGCAUGCCCUUUCGUCGGUCUUCCAAGUCCUCUUCGAUAUCACCAACAUCUUCGGAGGUGUCGGAGCGCGAGCUGUAUAAGGCAAAACACACCUUCAUUGGCACCAUCUCUUUGACGGAGUUUCUUUCGGAGUUGAAUAUCCUCCUGGAGGACUACAUGUCUUCCAAGGACGAUGUUUGCCGCGCUUUUGCUGCAUGUGCCGCAAAGGAGGCGGAGGUCUAUGGAUUUCACAGUGAUACAUUCAUCGACCAUGACUUCGACUCUGUGUUAGUGCAGUGCCGGACUAAACUUGGCUCCAAGACCCUUCACGCAUUCCUGCGUGGCAUCUACUUCGAUGACGAGGGUAUCACUCCUGUCUCCUGCGUUAUAAACGGCUUCUACUCGGCUGCCGCCAGUGAUAUCGGUCCUUCGGCUAAGGUUAUGCGUGCUUUGGAGUCGGCGUCUGACUAUUCCAGUUAG